AUGUCCUCUUUCAGUCUAGCCACCGAAUUGCCAGCUUGGUCUAAGUUGCAAAAACUUUACGAUGCUCAAGGUAAGACCUUGUCCGUCAAGAAGGAGUUCGAACAGGACUCUCAACGUUUCAACAAGUUGAGCAAGACCUUCACCAACUUCGACGGGUCCAAGAUCCUGUUCGACUUCUCCAAGAACUUGGUCAACGACGAAGUGUUGGCUGCUUUGAUCGAGUUGGCCAAAGAGGCCAACGUCACCAGUCUAAGAGACGCCAUGUUCGCUGGUGAACACAUCAACACCACAGAAGACCGUGCCGUGUACCACGUCGCCUUGAGAAACAGAGCUGACAAGGUCAUGAAGGUCGACGGUACCAACGUCGCCCCAGAGGUCGACUCCGUCCUGGCCCACAUGAAGGAGUUCUCCGAGCAAGUGCGUUCCGGUGCCUGGACCGGUUACACGGGGAAGAAGAUCACCGACGUCGUCAACAUCGGUAUCGGUGGUUCCGACCUGGGCCCAGUCAUGGUCACCGAGGCAUUGAAGCACUACGCCGGUGUCCUGGACGUCCACUUCGUCUCCAACAUCGACGGUACCCACUUGGCAGAGGUCUUGAAGGUCGUCAACCCAGAAACCACCCUUUUCUUGGUCGCUUCCAAGACUUUCACCACCGCGGAAACCAUCACGAACGCCAACUCUGCCAAGACCUGGUUCCUGAACACCGUCAAGGAUGAAAAGCACAUCGCCAAGCAUUUCGCCGCGUUGUCCACCAACGAGGAGGCCGUCGCCGCCUUCGGGAUCGACACCAAGAACAUGUUCGGUUUCGAGAACUGGGUCGGUGGCCGUUACUCCGUCUGGUCCGCCAUCGGGUUGUCCGUCGCCCUCUACGUCGGUUUCGAGAACUUCGAGAACUUCUUGAAGGGUGCCGAGGCUGUCGACAAGCACUUCUGCGAGACCCCAUUGGAGGAGAACAUCCCAUUGCUAGGUGGUCUGUUGUCCGUCUGGUACAACAACUUCUUCGGUGCCCAGACCCACUUGGUCGCCCCAUUCGACCAGUACUUGCACAGAUUCCCAGCCUACUUGCAACAGCUGUCCAUGGAGUCCAACGGUAAGUCCGUCACCAGAGGCAACGUCUUUGCCAACUACUCCACUGGGUCCAUCCUGUUCGGUGAGCCAGCCACCAACGCCCAGCACUCCUUCUUCCAAUUGGUCCACCAAGGUACCAAGCUGAUCCCAGCCGACUUCAUCUUGGCCGCCCAAUCCCACAACCCUCUAGCUGACAACCUCCACCAAAAGAUGUUGGCCUCAAACUUCUUCGCCCAGGCGGAAGCCCUGAUGGUCGGUAAGGACGAGAACCAGGUCAAGGCCGAAGGUGCCACUGGCGGCUUGGUCCCACACAAGAUCUUCUCCGGGAACAGACCAACCACCUCCAUCUUGGCCCAAAAGAUCACCCCAGCAACCCUAGGUUCCUUGAUCGCCUACUACGAGCACGUCACCUUCACCGAAGGUGCCGUCUGGAACAUCAACUCCUUCGACCAAUGGGGUGUCGAACUAGGUAAGGUCCUAGCCAAGGUCAUCGGUAAGGAAUUGGACGACAAGUCCGCCGUCGCUACCCACGACGAAUCCACCAACGGUUUGAUCAACCAGUUCAAGCAAUGGAUGUAA